AUGCAAAAAUGGGCCCUGGUAGUGGUCAGCGUCCUUUGCACAGCAGCUGUACCAACUACUGAGCUAACUCAACGAUUUCCUGAUGCCAUUAUUAUUGGUGUGAAAAAAUGCGGUACCAGGGCACUGUUGGAGUUCCUCAAAUUGAAUCCAAAUGUGAAAGCGCCCGGCCCAGAAGUGCAUUUCUUCGAUAAAAAUUACGAAAAGGGAUAUUCGUGGUAUCGGUAAGUAAUUUAGGAGGGAAUAGGUUGUUUUCUUAUGGGGUUGUAUUGACUUUUUUGGGGAAAAAAUAGGAGAGUUUUGAUGAUUUGGAUUUUUGGGGGUAAUCUGAAAAAAAAGUUCUAAAUUUUGAAAUUCAAAAGUUUUAAAAGGGUAAAAUACGGCUUCUAUUGGUUUAUUUGGUUUCCUGCUAGCUCUGAUUUAAUUUUAAACAGAGAUAAUUUAUAGUUAUUUGCAAUACCAGAGAGUUUUGACCAAAUAUUUAUAAAUUUUCGAUAUUUUCGGCCGCUUUUGUCAAUGUCUUAUUAAAUUUGGCACAUUUUUUUCUUGAGUCCCUAAAAUAUCCCAAGUUCUUUUUGAUGACAUAACUCUGCCACUGCCAUACCCCAAAGCCCUCAAAUUUUCUUGAUCCCUCAAACUUUUGGCAUUUUUUCCACCGGCCAAUGCCCCCAAAAAAUCGAAAAAGAAGAUGAUUUAUGUAAAGACCGCAGAUCAAUCAUGAAGAUGGGCCUCCGAAAGGCUGGCAUGCGCUCCAAUUUAUGGGACAUGUCAAUCAAAAUGUGGAGGUGUUGCUCGUCCGCACCUUCAUCUUCAAGGGAGUGCCAAUUACGCAGCGCACUGUGCGGGAUUAGCGCCCUUCGUUUAAUUGCAGGUGUCAUGAUGGAAAAUAAAUAAAACCCGACUCAUUGCGGUUUCAAGAGGGGUGAUUAAGGUGGACCAAAGGGGGCUUUUAUGGCGUCGUUUCGGAUGCCGAGGGUAGGGGAGUUUCCACGUUUAGGUAGAUGGGGAGAUUAGAGGAUAUAGGAUAUUACACUUGAUACAGUAGGAAGUUAAGGUUAAAAAUGCAGAUUAUCAUUGGAACUGAAGGUGAAGCAAGUACUCAGAAGGUAGUACAAAGCGUAUUUUACAAUAUCUAAUCAAUAAGAGUUUCAAAAAAAUGAGGAAUAAAAUUUUUUUCAUAGAGCAAAGUUAGUCAUCUAAAAUAAUAUUUUUUGAUGAUAGAUAUUGUCUCCGGUUCGUGUUUUUGAUCAGGAAUUAAGUCUAACCAUCGCAUGUUACAUCUUAUAUUUUUCAACAAUUUAAAAGAGAGUUUUUUACAAACUGAAGCUUCCCUCCAAGGGGCCCGGACAUUGUUGCAACGACCAUCACCAAAUUUCUUGAAACUUGGUCAGUAGAAGGGCCUGAGCAUGCUGAUGAAAAGCGAAGAAGGGUUUUGCGAAAUUUCAACCAGUCCGGGAUUACUGUAACAAUUUGGGUUUUGUAAAGCAGCCAUUGUCGUGGACCGGGCGAUCGCCCUACGGGGCUGAAACUUCUUCUCUCUAUGUUUUCGAACAUGGCCAACAUUUUUCUAAUUGAAACUUUUUUUGUAUCUUUUCGCCUUUCGGUAGUACCGUAAUCGUCAUGAUACCAUAUCAAUUACUGUUAAAAAUUGGAACGAGUGUAACAAAUUUUUAAACUUGAUUAUAAAAGUUAGACACCCUUGCCGUAAAAUAAGACAAAAAAAUCAAAAAUAAAAAUAUAAGUUUUUGAGAUAUAAGCGUUCAAAGUUGCUAUGUUCGGUUACUGUAGGACCAAAAUAGAGACGAUCAAUUUUUAAACUUUUCCAUUAAUCGCUACGGUUCACAUAUUAAUAGAUCAGCCUGAGAAAAAUAUUUUCAGGUCAAAAAAUAAAUAUUUGAGGCUUUAUUUCAGGCUUUAUACGAUGGUUACUGUAGUUUCCAACUUUUGUUAAUUUCGCUAACAAAUUUAUUGGAAUGACGAAUUUAGACAAGCUAUCCGGGUCAGAAACGCGCAUACAUCAUGGAAGGCAAAAAUCAGAAUCGUAAUACUACCCAUUCCUGAAAUAGUGGGAGAUUACGGUAGCCGUACCCACUUUUUUCGCUGUUUGGCCGCGGCAUUCUUUGGAGCUGCGAGUGUAACAACUUUUGAGGCCUGAAAUUCAUUCAUGAUGGAUAGAAGAGUAUUUCAGCAAAAAAUCGCAAAAAUAAAAAUAUAAGUUUUUGAGAAAAUCCGGGAUUACGGUAAUUUUAGGGGGUUUUUGGGCCGUCUGGCCGCGGCAUUCUUUAGAGCUGCGAGUGUAACAAUUUUUGAGGCCUGAAAUUCAUUCAUGAUGGAUAGAAGAGUAUUUCAGCAAAAAAUCGCAAAAAUAAAAAUAUAAGUUUUUGAGAAAAUCCGGGAUUACGGUAAUUUUAGGGGGUUUUUGGGCCGUCUGGCCGCGGCAUUCUUUGGAACUGCUAGUGUAACAACUUUUGAGUCUUGAAAUUUACUCAGCAUGACCAGGGAAGUAUUUCAGCAAAAAACUGCAAAAAUAAAAAUAUAAGUUUUUGAGAAAAUCCGGGAUUACGGUCAUUUUAGGGGGUUUUUGGGCCGUCUGGCCGCGGCAUUCUUUGGAGCUGCGAGUGUAACAAUUUUUGAGGCCUGAAAUUCAUUCAUGAUGGAUAGAAGAGUAUUUCAGCAAAAAAUCGCGGAAAUAAAAAUAUAAGUUUUUGAGAAAAUCCGGGAUUACGGUCAUUUUAGGGGGUUUUUGGGCCGUCUGGCCGCGCUUUGGGACUGUAACAAUUUUGGUUAAUUCUUUAAUUUCUUCAAUUGUUAAACAUAUAGUAUAAUGUCCUUAUCAGCUGCAACUCGCUCGCGUAGUUCGUCGAAUUCGUUGCCGAAAGAAGGUUCCGACUUGUAGAGGUCCUCUUCACUGCCUUCCAUGUCGUUUAGCAUUUGCAGUAUUCGCAGAUCCUCUGCGUCAAGCGGAAAAAAUUGUUACACUCGCAGCUCCAAAGAAUGCCGCGGCCAGACGGCCCAAAAACCCCCUAAAAUUACCGUAAUCCUGGAUUUUCUCAAAAACUUAUAUUUUUAUUUUUGCGAUUUUUUGCUGAAAUACUCUUCUAUCCAUCAUGAAUGAAAUUGAGGCCUCAAAAAUUGUUACACUCGCAGCUCCAAAGAAUGCCGCGGCCAGACGGCCCAAAAACCCCCUAAAAUUACCGUAAUCCUGGAUUUUCUCAAAAACUUAUAUUUUUAUUUUUGCGAUUUUUUGCUGAAAUACUCUUCUAUCCAUCAUGAAUGAAUUUCAGGCCUCAAAAGUUGUUACACUCGCAGCUCCAAAGAAUGCCGCGGCCAGACGGCCCAAAAACCCCCUAAAAUGACCGUAAUCCCGGAUUUUCUCAAAAACUUAUAUUUUUAUUUCCGCGAUUUUUUGCUGAAAUACUCUUCUAUCCAUCAUGAAUGAAUUUCAGGCCUCAAAAGUUGUUACACUCGCAGCUCCAAAGAAUGCCGCGGCCAGACGGCCCAAAAACCCCUAAAAUGACCGUAAUCCCGGAUUUUCUCAAAAACUUAUAUUUUUAUUUCCGCGAUUUUUUGCUGAAAUACUCUUCUAUCCAUCAUGAAUGAAUUUCAGGCCUCAAAGAUUGUUACACUCGCAGCUCCAAAGAAUGCCGCGGCCAAACAGCGAAAAAAGUGGGUACGGCUACCGUAAUCUCCCACUAUUUCAGGAAUGGGUAGUAUUACGAUUCUGAUUUUUGCCUUCCAUGAUGUAUGCGCGUUUCUGACCCGGAUAGCUUGUCUAAAUUCGUCAUUCCAAUAAAUUUGUUAGCGAAAUUAACAAAAGUUGGAAACUACAGUAACCAUCGUAUAAAGCCUGAAAUCAAGCCUCAAAUAUUUAUUUUUUGGCCUGAAAAUAUUUUUCUCAGGCUGAUCUAUUAAUAUGUGAACCGUAGCGAUUAAUGGAAAAGUUUAAAAAUUGAUCAUCUCCUUUUUGGUCCUACAAUAUCCGAACAUAGCAAUUUUGAACGCGUAUAUCUCAAAAACUUAUAUUUUUAUUUUUGAUUUUUUUGUCUUAUUUUACGGCAAGGGUGUCCAACUUUUAUAAUCAAGUUUAAAAAUUUGUUACACUCGUUCCAAUUUUUAACAGUAAUCGAUAUGGUAUCACGACGAUUACGGUACUACCGAAAGACGAAAAGAUACAAAAAAAGUUUCAAUUAGAAAAAUGUUGGCCAUGCUCGAAAACAUACAGACAAGAAAUUUCAGCCCCGUAGGGCUGUCGCCCGGUCCACGACAACGGCUGCUUUACAAAACCCAAAUUGUUACAGUAAUCCCGAAAUAAUGCAAAUUUUGGGAAAAGGUUUGACGCUUUUGAUAUAUGCCAUGUGGGUGUUCUAUGAGCCAAAUUUGAAGAAAUUCGGUGAUGGUCACCGCAACAAUGUCCGGGCCAUGCUUCACUUUGUAAAAAAGUCCGUUUUAAACACUGCUUGUUUGUUCUGACUAAAAAAUUAAAUUAUAUUAUAUUACCCUAAGCUCCAAAAAAAAUUUUUUUUCAUUACGACAAUAAUUUUUUGCUACUAAAAGAACAAAGGUGCUACAAUACAUACAGUAGCUCUAAACUCUCUUUGACUGACCUCAGUUUUCCCCCAAUAACACGUCUGUCAGUGGCUUACCCCAGGUUAUUUGCCACUGAUCUCUUCUUUUUACUGGAAGCGUUUGUUUGCCCAACAUUGAAGGGUCGAUGACGGCGUGAAAUUGAGAAGCAUUUGAAAUCCUUUUAUUGCGUCACGUUGAGCAAUGAUGAGGAUUUUGGGGCUUUUUUUUGAGAGAAAAAUUAAAGUGACGGCUUUUCGGCAACGUAAUAAAACAUAAGGUUAAAUUUUGAUUUUUAAAAUACGUAGCGGUCAAUAUCAGUUACCAUAGGUGAAGUUUAUUUUUACUACCACAAAUUUGUUUAUGUGAUUUUUCAGUGUAGAUUUUUAUGAAUUUGAGGCAAUUUUAUAGUACAUAUACUGGACAACAAGGUAGGAUUUUCGUUGAAUCGUCAAGUUAGUAGGUGAGAAAUAGACGUGUUAUCGCUGCUAUAGAAUACGAGAAGAGUUUUGAGAUCAAGAUUACGUCAUCAUGGAUAAUAUUAUGUCAUAAUAGGUGUAAAACCGGGUUUUAAAUCUCUAAAAAAGCUUUUAAAAUACGGACCUGAUACAUCUGGUACAAAACAAAAAAAAAAUACAAUCAAAAUCUAAUAUUUUUUUCGUAAAUAAAUGUGCCCUUAGGGCUUUUGACGCCAAUUUGUCACCACAACCCUAUCCAUCACGUCUUUUCUUCACCUUAAUCCACCUCCGUUCCUCUCAAUUCUCCUUCGAUUUGCUGACAAAUCGCCCCUUUUCGGAAAAUAUGAUUUGUCUCUCUCUCCGAGAACAUUAUUACAUCCACUUUUGCCAUCAAUAUCAUCGCCAGUGUACAGUCAUUUGUCCCGAAGACAGUUGGCCGAAUGUAAAUAAAAAUCUGAAUGGGAACUGGCCUCGAAUUUCCAUAUAAUCAGAUCGAUCAUCCGAAAUUUGAAUACUCUUUUUUUGAAGAAUAUUCAUUUUUCUGCGCCCAUAGAAAACAGACCUUCUUGGCCAGCGAACAAGGAGUUCCUGGCCAUUGAAAUAGACAGUUGCGGCGCUCAGAUUCGAUCUUGUUUUAUAUAUUUGAUUCGAUAUGAUCGAAUGGCCUUUGUUUGAAGUCUCGGCACCCAAAAAAGAGGGCCACGCAGAUUACCGCGCUCUGUUUGGACAAAGGAUCGAAGAAGUUGCUCUGUGUUUUUUCGGUAGUCCAUAUGGGAAUAUGCCUUUUAUCUUAUCCAUAAACAAAUAGAAAAUAAAUAUGCAGGGAGUGCUUAUUGGAGAUGACUGACAGGUGGUUGGGCGUUGAGUUGAAACGGAUGAAAACAAUAAAAUAAAUACGAAAAAAGAUGGAAAGGGAAAGAUAAACAUAAAAUAUGUAUAUUGAAAAAGCAAAAAGAGGUUCUAAUUUCAAUCAUAGAAAAAAAUUAAAUUAAAUUUUAGACUGUUUCUGCAUAACGCGAUUUGAAAUAAAAAUCGGUAAAAACCUGAUAAUUUUGCUGGAUUUUUUUUAUUUCGAUAUUUAGUAAGGUUUCCCAAAAAAAAUUCAAAUCGCGUUAUGCAGAAACUCAGAACUUUUUUAUUCAAAAAAAUCCGAUUUUUUGUCUUUUUUAGAAAAAUCGUUUUAUUCGGUAGUCAAAAUUCGGUCUUUCAUUGUUCUCUACUUUAAAUCCCCUUUCAAUUUAUGAUUUAAUGUUAUCCAUGCCUUUUCAGCUCCCAGAUGCCCUUCACAACCUCUUCCCAGACCACCAUCGAAAAGUCUCCGGCCUAUUUCGUCUCCAAAAUGGUCCCACAACGCGUAAAACGCCUCAAUCCGAAUAUGAAACUGAUCGUUGUGGUGCGGAAUCCGAUUACUCGCGCCGUCUCCGGUAAGUCUCUUAAAUUCGUGUGCUUGACCCUUCCCCCUUGAAGAUUACACUCAAGCCGUGACGCGACGAAAACGAAGCAUCUCUAAUGCGUUCGAGGAAAUGGCCAAAUGCGAGGAGAUCAACUCAACAAAAUGGUAAGGAAAUAUUAAGCAAACACCGGGGAUUACUUGAGAUGCGGAUUAUAAGAGCGGUUUCGACGUUAUGCAAGCGGUUUCGGAGGCGGAUGGGGGUUGGGAGCAGGGCAUUAGAGUUUACGGAGUACGGUGUGGACAUAAACUUUGCAAACAUAUAAGUGAGUUUGGAGGGAAACGAGGAGACAUGGGCUAAAGAGGCUAAAAUGAGGUGCCAUUCGGAAGAACGACCCUUUAGUGUAGAACCCAAAAGCAGACUAAUGUAAAAAAGCCUCUACAGGCAAUAAAAACCCUUCACAAAUCCAAAUCAACUGAGAAAAUAUACAACUUUGACUAUUGCCAACUAAAAUUUAUAUUGUUUUAGUCAUCAUGGCAUCAACUCUUCAUGGGGUGCGAUUCGAAUCGGUGUCUACCACAAAUACCUCCAAAAUUGGCUCAACUUCUUCCCCAUCCAACAGUUUAUGUUCGUCGACGGAGAAAAGCUCAUAAAAUCUCCAGCCAAUGAGAUUAGAAAGGUCGAGAAAUUCCUCGGACUAACUCCUGGUAAGUAGUGUAAUAUCGGCAAUAUCUUUAAAAAAAACGGUAGAUUUUUAAGGAUUUUUUAUGAUUACUGAGUUCAGGAAGUCUUAGACUAACUAACAGCGCCUUAAUUUUCUUUAUGAUAGCUUUUGGAUUACUGUAACAAACAUUUAUUUUCAGUGGUCAAAGAAUCGGACUUUGUGAUAGACAAAGUCAAAGGAUUCCCUUGCGUACGAAAGAUCAAUUCAUCAACUCCCCACUGCUUAGGCAAAUCGAAAGGUCGAGUUCAUCCUACAGUAGAUCCAAAGGUCGUGGAGAGGCUACAGAGAUUCUAUGCGCCGGAAAAUAAAAAAUUCUUCCAGAUGAUAAACCAGUAUUUUGUGUGGUGA